AUGUCCCCUCUCAGCAGCGCAAGUAGAGCGGCAACACAAGAAUGUGUUGUCACUUCAAAACUACUGAUUGGGCUUCCCGAGGGAACACCCCAAAUUACAUAUACCAAUAUGAAAACGCUGAAAGGCGUUAUAGAUGCUCGGUGCCGGAAGUGUGCUAAAGACGACUCCCAGAGCCCGUUCCUAGUAGUAACGUCUAUACCUUCAAUCUUUUUAAAGCAUCUUGACUUUGAUAGAGGUCGACGAUUUACCGCAAAUCUACAAGAAAAUUUGGCUGUUUUCGAAGUUAUGAUUUAUCCGGCUCACGAAGUUGUGAGCACUGGGCUGGGAACGGAGAUAUCCAUGGACAUCUCGAGAAUGGGCCUCGAUGAUGAGAUUUUUGCGAGUGGCUCGCCCUCGUUUAUUGAUGGCAAUGGAAUCUACGCCCAAGUGCCUGACGCCUCUUUUAUGCUGGACGAUGACCUAAAAUGGAAAAAUGGCAGAAUCUGGCCCAUUCUCACUAUCGAAACAGGCCUUUUCGAAAGCGAAAGCAAGUUGGCCAUCGACGCUCAGAGAUGGCUUGAAGUGGACGGAUCUCGAACGAAGGUCGUCAUCACGGCCAAACUCGACCGGCAGGCGCCACGAGUAACCUUUCAGCGCUGGGAACACCAUCUCCCACCAUUCCGUCCCUUCACGCGCCAUUUCCAUCCAACUGGAUCGGUUAUGGAGGAGGUUGUUGCGACACACGAGGGGGGGAUAACAAGGGUUAAUGGAAGCAUCACCAUACCCUUUGAGAAGGUUCUUAACAGGGCUAGACGUGGGCCCAACGAACGGAACGUGGUGGUGGGUCAGAAUGAGCUUGCAAGGUUAUGUGAACGAGGAUGGAAAGCUCAAGGGUUCAUGUAA